CCCUUGCAGGUAUCCUUUGCAGUGUCAUACACACAUCGUCCUGGAACGUCUCCACGAGACACAGAUAUAGCGCUUGCCAUCCUGGGCUCUCUGGCAGCCUUGUAUGCCUUGCUGAAGACCAGCAGUUGGGUGCGGAGGUCUAGACUUCAGAAUAUAAACUUUAUAAUUUUAGUCAAGUUCUUUGCCUUCUUUACCGGGGCCCUGGCUAACGCCUUCUUCAUGGUCGCCCUUGGGACGGGGAUUUAUUGGCUCAUUGUUUUCAAGGGUCAGCAGUCUUCAGCGGUUGAGGUUAUGGUGCCCCCGGCAGGCAGUCAAAUCGAAACCAACUUUAUUAUCUACUUGUCCUGUGCUUUUGUGUUAAAGGCUGUUGACUUGCUUCAUCUCCUGAUCACCCAGGUCACAAUCUCCAUCUUCCUGAUAGACUGGGAAAAGCCAAAGGAGAAACCAGCACUUAAAGCACCGGCAGGAGGGCAGAGGGCCAUUUCCUCUGUGAGUAUUUGGAGAACUUUCCUGAUAGCCAAUGAGUGGAACGAGAUUCAGACUCAUAGGAAAUUGAAUCCAUCACUUCAGCUGUUCGCAGUGUUACUGCUCCUGGAGGUUGUGGGCUUGAAGAACAUCGCCUCACGAGACCUGAACCUGGAUCUGCACCCUGGCGCUGACGCCUACCUGGCUGCCUGGAGCCCAAUCCUUAGAUUUGGGAUUGCCGCUUCUCUCUGGCUGGCACUGGGGAUUGCACAGGUGGUGUUUUUCAUAGGCAUCUACGAGCGGUUUGUGGAGGACAAGAUUCAUCAGUUCGUAGAUCUCUGUUCCAUGAGCAACGUGUCUGUCUUCAUCCUGCUGCACGGAUGCUACGGCUUCUACGUCCACGGGCGGAGCGUGCACGGCCAUGCGGAUGUGGGCAUGGAUGCCAUGCAUGCCUGCCUCAGGAAAGAGGAGGAGAACCUGUGCCCUCUAAGAGGUCUGGAGGCCAACUCUGACAUUCAGACCUUCGAGGUGCUUCUCACGGACAGAGCCAGGCAGCUGUAUGACAAGAUAACGCAGCCCUUGAUGGAGGGCCCGAGAGGGGAGAGAGUCAGGGUCGACCUACAUGAGCAAAGACUAAGGAGUUAUUACACCUUGAAUCGAUUUCUCAGCUCGUUCCUUGAACACGCAUACAGAGAUUUGGACUACGUGGUGAAGGACAAGUUCUUCCUGGAACGUGUCAUGGACAUGGAGUUCCAGGAGCCGGUAGACACGACCAUUCUGUACACAGAUGCCAGCGCCUUGUUCAGCAGGACUCUCUUCUACAACAACGAGCUGGCCUUGCUUCUCUUCGACACCCUGCUCUUCUCGGUCGUCGACCUGGGCACGCAGGAUUUCCUGCUGGCCGCAAUCAUCACCUUCGUUGUGCAGAAGUUGGUGAAGAUGCUGCGGGAUGCACUUGGAAGGAGAAAUCUGGCGGCAAAAACGCUGGUGGAGAAGCAGUUUCUGAUCUAGAGGUGAAUAGGAAGCCGGGGCCACUUACCCCACUCUUCCCAGUGCCACCAUCAAAGCAAGAAUGCCGGGACCCUACAACUAAUUUGAGAAGCAAGGACUUUGCAGCCUUGAUCCUUCUUGAUCCUUGGCCUGUGAAGGGAGACUAGAGAGCGCUGCAGUUUUCCACUCUAGUUACUAUGGCUAAAGCUCUGUGCUUCCUACCAGCCCAGGAAACAUGCAGCCCUACAGUUAUUAUUUCUCACUUUAAGUUGUUUCCCAGGAGUAUUUUGAUUUCACAGCCGAAGGAUUCCUUUCUGCUGAACAAACCCUGCUCUAUUAUUUAGCCAUCAGAAUGAGACACCCACACCCACGGGAUUUUUGGUGCUUGUAUAUUUUUAAUUGGGAGACAAAAGGCCACCCUCUGACGCUGACCCUGGUUUUAUGGAGCAGUUUUGUUUGUUUCUUAAUGGGAAGCAGAAAACAUCUGAAAGGAGCAGGGGAAUGGUAAUCCAUGUGCUGUCUCCUCAAUGCAUCCAAGCUGCAUGCUUCUCUGGUGGGUUCUGCUUAGCUCAGACAAUGGAUGCAAUCUGCAGGGGAACUCCAAUGUAAUUUACAAGCAGGGCUCAGUGGGGUCUGAUAUACCGCAGGACAGACCACCUCACACAUCCUCUCUCCCCUGCCCCAAUUCAAACGCCAGCUCAGUCCUUUCCUUCACUAGGCACGAGUCUUACGCAGAAUAUCAUUUAUUGACCUCCAAUGGAGGUAAAUCACAGGCAGAUGUGUGUCCAGCAUCAUCCUGGGCUUUUCUAUUCCUUUCAUUUGUAGUCCACAUAGCUCUGUUUCUUUAAACAAAGACUGGCCACUGCAUUAGACAGCAGCUAUGUUACACCGCCUGUAUUCCUCCAGGGCAGGACUGAGGCUAAAGCCAGGGCUUUGAUUUCACUUCACACAGCGGUUGUCUUUGGGAUCCACCUGGAGCACAUGCUCUGAUCCAGGGUUGGAGCAAGCCUCGGGAUUCACAGCCAACAUGCAGGAGUUCCAGCUGGUUUUGCACUGACCGCGUGGAUUCCAGUGCCAACCCAUCAACAGGCCCAAGUUUGGAAGGACACAGUCUGGCACACUUAAAAUUAAGCACAGGCUUAGGUGUUUUCCUGACUAGGGACACUUUCCUACACCGGAGCCAAACUUCUGAAGGAAACAGCCCAUCCCAGAGCAACAUGGGCUGUGUGUGAUGCAAGCGUUGUCUGUUUAUAGGAUAAGGAGAACUGGAAGAGCAACCAAGUGCUGAAAUUGGCAGUGACUCCCACGGCUAUAGCAAACAGCCUCCUGCAAAGGAUCCGUGCUUGUUUCACUCUGUUUUGGUUUGAAUAUAUGAAGAUUUAUUGUGUUUGCUGCUGGGAACAUUUAUUUUUUAAAACAACCACAUGUUGGGUUUAAGCCUGUUGUAAAUUCCUCUGAAUCAAUGACUACAUUUAAUAAAAAAUACAAAAACCAA